AUGGGCGUGACCGACAGUGGCCACCUCCUAUUGGCUCCUGUUCAGCCAAUCAGCGGCGGCGUGGGGCAUUUGAACGGGCGGGAUGAACAGAGCGUGAGCGGAGGGGGAACGGGCUGGAGAUAUCGGGACAGGGACAGCGGGACGGGGACAGCGGGAUAUCAGAAUAUCGGUAUCGAGAUCCUGCUAUUAGAAUUGGGAUUCCAGGAUAUCAGGACACCGGAAUAUCGGGAUAUUGGCGUCGGCAUAGGGAUAUCGAGUUAUCGGCGUUGGCACACCGCCCUAUCGGGGGAUCAGAAUAUCGGGCUGUACCCGCGAGCUACCACCGCUGGAUGUGGCCCGGGGGUUUCACCGCUGCCUGCGGGCACAGGAGCCGCUGGCGCUGGAGAGGAGCCAGAGCCCUGCCAAGGAGCCGGGGUGGCCCCGGAGGGCCCUGUCCUUCCUGACCGAAGAUGGCAGCGACGACAGCGACUCCUGGGUGCCCCUUGGGGACAUUCCCGAGGCCGGACCCCUCAGCAGCACCCGCAGGUCCCUCCUGGACGAGCCGGGGGACAGCGCUGUCCCCUGGCUUUGGCCGGGCUGUCCCCAAGAACACCGUGGGGACACCGCUGUCCCCCUGCCACCCCUGGCCUCCAGCACUCUGCUCUGGGACCGAGAUCGUCCCCAGGAGCCACCCCCGAGCCGCACUUUGGGGACACGGACAGGAUGUCCCCUCACGCCCAGCCUUGGUGACAUCCCUGUCCCCUGUCCCCGUGUCGCUCCCGGUGUGUCCCUGAGGCAGCACCCGGGCGGGAUCUUGGGGACACGCGCGGUGUCCCCGAGGUCCCUCCUGGCCCGUGGUGGCUUCAGCAGCUGCUCGGUGGCACCUCAGAGCUCCGGUGACAUCGCGGGUGA